AUGAGUGUAACACUGCUUUUCCGUACCCCCCUAAAGGGUAAACUACUCAACAAGGUGAAAAAGGACAAAGGUUAUAUGCUCUACAGCACGGUGACGAAACGGUUUGGAGAACUUCACCAGCCAAGAACGAAAAGCGAAAAGAAGAGUCACCUGGAAAUGAUUGACGAGGUGUACUUUGACAUGGCCGACGCGAUGAGAGAAAAGAACAAAAUAGAAAUGGAAGAAUAUAGCAGCCUACAUAGGAACAUCUCGGAAAUUAUAUUAAAUCAUAACACAUCUAAGAAGAACCAAGUUGUGAAGAACAUAAUGCGGUACUGCAUCGAGCUGAGCAGAAGUAGCAAAACGGACGAUCAGAGAAAUAAAAAAAUAAAGGGGGGAGAAACGAACCAAGCACAAAUCAUCGAAGAAGAAGUAGACGUAUCCGCGGAAGAGGGAAAAAAAGACAUGCUAAAUAUCAUCAAGUGCAACAUAAAGGAACACUCCAGUCAGUUCAAUUCCUGCGAAAUAGGGAUCAUCCUCAAGUGCCUUCUCAAAAUAAAAGUGAACGAUCCAUGCAUGGUGAACACACUACUGCAACAUUAUUUUAGGCGAAAUAUGAAGUUCUCUCAGUAUGGCUCCUUAUAUGUACUGUACGCUUUUGCCAAGUUAAAGCUACUACCUGAGGAGGAAAAUAAAUUCAAACUGCUAUGCGCAGAUAUAGUGAAAAAAAUGAACAAUUUUGAGUUUAAAAAUUUAUGCCUGGUUUGUAACUACUUGUCUUCCUUAUACAGCUUUAACAGAUUUUACAUCAGAAAUGUGGUGGAGCAGAUAUGCUCAUAUCUUAUUGGGAAAAAUUCACACGGGGAUGAUCCCCAUGAGGGCGAUGCACGUGUAUACCCUGAUUCAGUCUGGUGUCCAGACUCCAUUCACUACGUGGCCAAUGCAUGUGCCAGGGUUAACUACUUAAACAAGGAACUGUUUCAAUUUUUGAAGAACAAAAUUGAAGAGAAAGCCGCGUACUUUUCCAUAGACCAGCUCGUCUCCCUAACAAAUGCAUUUAGCAAAUUCAAAAGUGCAGAAGAGGCAAACUUCCUAACAUUAUACAUACGCAUAGCAGAACAAUUAAUAAAUAAAUCAUAUCUGCUAAAACCAAGACAUUUAAGCGUUUUAGCCAACUCGUUCAAUAACGCAUGUGUGCUACAUGAGGAGCUGUUCCACAUCAUUACAGAAAAUAGUUUACACCUUCUAAGUUCUUUUGAACCGAAGCAAAUCGUAAUGAUUAUCCAUGCGUAUGUAAAUAUCGGCUUAUCAAACAAUGCACUAUUAGAAUCCAUCUGGAAUACUGCUGCGGUAUUUAUUCAGGAGUACACCCUGCAGGAGUUGUCCAUGUUGUUGCAGGCAUAUACAAAAAGUUCGCAACACCGACAAGAUUUCUUCCAGCAACUGAGUCGCAAAAUUUAUUCCCUCAUUACGACGUCUUAUCCAUUUCUGGAACAAAAUGGGACUGCCAAUUCUUUAACGUACACUGAUCAGAUGUAUGUUCAAAUGAUCGAAAAGGCCAAAGGGGUUGAUAAUUUAACGGCAGGAAGGGCCACACCAGAAAAACUCUUCUCCAUUUUAUACCUCCUGAUUAAUCACCAGUAUUAUUGCAGUUAUGCGGAUAACCUCUCAACCAGGCUGAGUGCCAAACAGGAUUGUCUUCUCCAUUCCGGGGAACAUAUCCAAAUUGGGAACACCGCAAAAGAACAACAAACAAAGAAUGAAUUGAAUUCAAAUAAACACCUUAACAGCUUUAAUGGACACACGUUGAAUGAAGAAAAGAAGGAGCCACACCAUUUUUUAAACAGAACGGUGGGGAUGAUGGAAGAACGCCCUCACGCUAAUCACUGUAGUGGUCAUUCCAGUGAGACGCCUCCUUCAACCACAACCCUACCUGGUAAAGCGGAACUACAGAAAAGUGUCGAUCCAAAUGAGGAUCGCUCCCCCAGAGGAAACGACCCCCCGUCCGACAUACCAAAAAUGAACUACUCCAACAGCUCAAAUAGCCGUUCAUUAGACAUAGACAAAAUGGAACAACUGUUAAUAAGACAUCUCAGUAAAGACGUAAAUUCCACCCUGGUAUGCUCAAUAAUUUAUUCCUUAAUUAAAGGGAACUGCCUACUCCAGUACGACUUGCUCAUAUGCCUAUCCAAAUUAGCACUCAUCUUUCUCAAGCAGUUUAAAAUUUCAGAGCUAGCCAAUGUGUGUUCUGCUCUAUCAGAAACUUACGUACGUGCGUCCGAUGAAAAUAAUAGGCAGAAUGAACUCAUAGCGAAAUGGCAAAAUGGGAGGGACUCGGAGGAAACCGCUGAUGAGGGAGCUGUUCCGUCCCAAACUGCCUCAACGUUCAGCGUGUCGACACCCUAUGGGAAAAACAAAACUGAGAAGGACGCACGAACCUACGAUGAACAGCUGUACAAUGCGUCCAAGCAAUAUUUAAUCAUGUGUACCCUCUUUUUCGAUAACGUGCAAUCCUAUUUGGAAAAGAAAAAAAGAUCAUUCACUGAUGUGCACAGUACGUACAAAUUGAUAACUGCCUUCGGCGGCCUGCGGAUGAGCAAAUACUCCUCCAUCUCCUUACAUUUAUUUAGUCUCUCUCUCAUGGAGAUUAAACAGUUGUCCUAUUUGCCCCUCCAAAAAAUGGCAAACGCGUUCAUGCAAAUGAACGUCUACAAUGAAGACGUCUAUGCAUUUAUAAACAAAAUACAAAAGACGAAAAAGAACAAGUGA